AGUAUUGGACAGCAGCUGAGCUCUCCUCCUCAUUUAUCUUUAAAAACCUGCUGGAAGCACACAGACACACACGCACGCACACCUGCUGCUGAUAACCGAGCAAAGAUGUUCUGCAGACGGGCAUGGCAGAGAGUCGGGCCGCUGGCACGGAGGGCUUUCCAGCCAACAUCCAGAAACGCAGCUCCAGUGCGACACAUGGCCUUUGGGGUUCCUGGUGGCUCCACCAACUUGACAUACUUUGUUCUGUGUGGAGGAGGCCUCACUGCUGCAGUGGUCUAUGCCUACAAGACGGUCAGUGGUGAUAGUGAGCGCUAUGAGGACAGACUCGCCAACAUGGGCUCCACAGCAAAGGCUCCUGCAGCUGAGGCAGCACCAGAGGUAGCAGCUCCUGCAGCAGAACCCGCCCCAGUGGAGGAGGCGGCACCAGCCGCUGAAGUUGUCGUCGAGUCUGUCUCCGCUCCUGCAGAACCAGCGGCAGAGACUGCUGCUGAGCCUGUUGUUGAGGCUGUGUCUGAAGUGGUCGCUGUGUCUGAAGAACCAGCUGCCGUGGCCCCCGAGGUGGUCGUUACUGAGGCUGCAGCUGAGCCAGCAGUCGCAGAAGAAGCUGCUCCACCCGCGGCGGUAGAGGCAGUCCCUGAAGCUGCUCCUGUGGCCGUGGAAGUCGUUGCCAUUGAAGAGGCGCCAGCAGAGGCCCCCGCAGCAGAGAGUGCUGGUACGGCAGCAGUAGAUGAAGUCCCUCCCGCUCCCCCUGCUGAGGCAGAGACUGUCUCUGCAGCUCCUGAGGCUGAGGCCACCCCUGCUGCAGAGGUGGCUGCAUAAAGCUUCGGUGGUGCGAUGGUUUGCCCAGAAAGGAGGGCGAUGAGUUAGAUGUGCUGUGUCCCACCAUUGUGGGCCCAGGAAAAAAGGACUCAUGAACCCCUGUUGCAUUUUUUUUUUUUUUUUUUUUUUUUUUAAAUUCCUAAAUAUAAGGGACAAAGAGCUUUUCACUUCCAGUUGGUUAAUGAAUACAACACUCAGGGGUCCAUCAGUCCAGUUUUCAGGUGCCUUCCCUCCCUUCCCUUACCCCACCCCAACCUUCAGACUCAAACCAUAAUAUUUGACAUUUGGCUGUCUGGUUAGAUUGCAUAUACUGCACUUCAAUUCAGUUCAGAAAAUUCAGUUUCUAUAGUAGUCACCAGAGCAGAGCGAAUUCAAAUUAUGGUUUGGGUGCUAAACAGUUACGGAGUGUUGAACUAGGUGAUAUAAGGGAUAGAACCGAGUUGAUGACUAUUACUAAUGAUGAUCUCUGCAAAAUAUUUUAAGUGCCCUUAAAAACAGGACAGUCCUGCAUCAUCUUGUUCCUUUACUUGUCUAAAAAUGUCAGCAUGGUGAACGAAUGCAGCCAAUACGUUCUUCAGUCUCGUUUCUUUUGACAACAUUUUGCACUUGGUCUCUUCCUGCUCAGCAAAUGCUUGAUUUCAACUAUAUCUCAUUAAUCCUGGCUUAGGUUAGGAUUAUUAUGCAAAUAGUAAAGAUGGAGCAUGAAGUCGGUGUGCUUCCUUUUUAGUUUAAACUCUCACUGUGAAGUGUGACCAAAAAACCCAGUUGCUCUUCUUUUCCCUGCUGCAGCUCUCGUCUAGUUUCUUGACUCCUGUAAAAUCCCUUUUGCACGUCCAGUCAGUGAGACAAGUUUAAAACGUGCUUUUCUCUUUUAUUUACCCCACAUAGGUCAUUUUUUUUUUUUGGUUUUUUUUUCCUUACACAUCCAGAUACCUUUUUUUUUUUUUUAUUUCCAUCUUUACCUAACCUUUUUGUUUCUACAUCAUUAUAAUGAAACCAGCAAUGUACAAUACUUAUAAAUCAGAGGUUAUGCACAGCAACUCCUAUGGUGUGGUUCUUUUCCAGUCUUUUCUUUAGAAAUUGAAAUCAAAGCCAUUUUUCCUCUAGUUUUUUGUUUAGUGUUAAAGAUACUUCUGCUGUGUCCUUUCUCUUAACCUGUGAAACUAAUAUUUCAGGGAACACUACACAAAAUGCAUUCACCUCUAUGUCUGGGCAUUGAAAUGAUUGAUACAGUUAAAUGUUCAAAGAAUAAAAACAUCACUGGAUGAUAAGGAAGUUGUUUCAAUAAAGACAAUGUUUCUCUUUA